AUGGCCGCCGCCGCCGUCCUCCUUCGCGCCGCCCUCCGCCGGAGCCGCCCCGCCGCGGCAGCCCUCCUCCUCCCCCGUACCCUUCCUUCCCCGCCAGUUCCGCUACCUCCCCCUCCUCUCGCCUGUGCUUUACCUCUCCUCCCGCGCCUUCCAUUCGCCGCCGGCUUCCCGUACUCCACCGUUGCAGAGAUAUCGGAGGCCCCCGCGAAGCCCAAGGGCAAGCCAAAGAGGAGCCCAAUGAAGCAGUCCCGCGUCGACUUCACCAAGGUGGACGCGGCGCUUCUCCCCACCAUCAUCCUCGUCGGCCGCCCCAACGUCGGCAAGUCCGCGCUCUUCAACAGAUUAAUACGGAGGAGGGAGGCAUUGGUGUAUAAUACACCUGGAGACCAUGUCACCCGCGACAUCCGAGAAGGAGUUGCCAAGCUUGGAGAUCUCCGUUUUCGCGUGCUUGACUCAGCCGGACUUGAGACUGCAGCAACAUCUGGGAGCAUUCUUGCUCGGACGGUUGAUAUGACAGGGAAUGUGUUGGUCAGAUCUCAAUUUGCCAUUUUCUUGAUUGAUGUGAGGGAUGGUCUACAACCGUUGGAUCUUGAGGUCGGGCAAUGGCUGCGAAAACAUGCAUCUGGUAUACAUACCAUUGUUGCAAUGAAUAAGUCCGAGUCACUUGAUGAGCAUGGAGUUUUGACCUCGGCUGCUGGAGAAGCCCACAGGUUGGGUUUUGGUGACCCAGUUGCAAUAUCUGCAGAGACAGGCCUUGGGAUGGCAGAGCUUUAUGAGACACUCAGGCCAUUGUUUGAGGAAUACAUGUUUCAACUUCCAAAUAAUGGACUAAAUGAAGAUGACCCUACCUCCGAGGCUGAGGCCAAUGAAGGUGAUGAAAGCAAGUUACCUCUGCAGUUAGCAAUUGUGGGACGUCCUAAUGUUGGGAAGUCGACCCUGCUUAAUGCCUUAUUGCAAGAACAAAGAGUUCUGGUUGGUCCAGAGUCAGGCUUAACAAGGGACUCCAUCCGGGCUAAGUUUCAAUUUGACAACAGAACUGUAUAUUUGGUGGAUACUGCUGGUUGGAUGGAAAGAGCGGGAAAGGAGAAAGGGCCAUCAUCACUAAGUGUGGUACAAUCAAGAAAGAACCUGAUGAGAGCUCAUAUUGUAGCUCUUGUGCUUGAUGCAGAGAAGAUCGCAAAGUCAAAGAAUAGCGUGGAUCAUCAGGAAGUUAUGAUAGCACGGCAAGCAAUCGAAGAAGGCCGUGGACUUGUUGUGGUUGUCAACAAAAUGGAUCUCCUUAGAGAAAACCAACGAUUAUUAGAAAAAGUGAUGGAUGCUGUUCCUAAAGAAAUCCAGACAGUUAUUCCUCAGGUUACAGGAAUACCAGUUGUGUUCGUGUCAGCAAUGGAGGGCAGGGGGCGGGUUGCUGUUAUGCACCAUGUUAUAGAAACUUAUGAGAAAUGGUGUUUUAGAUUGUCAACUUCGCGCCUGAACCGUUGGUUGCGUAAGGUUAUGAGUAGACAUUCAUGGAAAGAUUCAGCCACACAGCCAAAAGUGAAGUAUUUCACUCAGGUGAAAGCGCGGCCACCAACAUUUGUCGCCUUUAUGAGUGGGAAGACUGAGCUAUCUGAUACAGAUAUCAGGUUCUUGACAAGAUCUCUCAAGGAAGAUUUCAACAUCGGGGGAAUACCAAUCCGGAUCCUACAGCGUUCUAUUCCAAGAAAAGUGUCGUCUUUCAAGAGUAAUAUCAAGAAAAGAGGAUCUAGUAUAAAAAGGAUGAAAACAGACAAAAGAACAGAAGUGUCUGAUCCCACUCAGUCAUGCUUUUACGAUGUCACAAAAGCACCUCCCGAUUCUCAUAAAGGACCUGGUAUUUGUGUACCGUUCAGAAGGGAAGUCAUUAGUCAUGACGUACAUACUUCCGUUGGAGUUAAAGAUGCAGAGGAAAUCCCUGUCAUUAUACAGACUAUCAGAGGAAACAGAAAGCUGCCGCCUUCCAAGCACAGCAUGUGGACAGAAGAAAGGGGGGCUGAAGUGAUCAACAUUUAA